CUGUUCGGGUAGGAUAGUGAGUGUCAGGAGAGAGAAAAGAAUUAGAAGCGUCUCUCAUAGGUUCACCAAUUUAUUGACUCUUGCCAGGUAGCCCGAUGUCUCAUCGUAAGAUGUUGGUGAGUCUUGGGGCCAAGGGCUUCUUCACAGCCUGAAACCCGGUUCCCAAUCCCGUAAGUCACUUCGUUCUCCAGUCUCCUUCUAGGCUUCUAGUAGCCCUUCUUCCUUCCACCAAGAUAAACUGGAACCUUAUAGCAAGAAUAGCCCUAGAGGGUCUUACCCUUACUCCAGACUUAGACACUCUAUCCAAUGCACACAUUUUUUUUUUUUAAAAAAAACUAUGGGCUCAUAAUUACUCUUCCCUUUUAACGGAAUGCCAUCGCACCGCCAAUGUGGAAAAAAAAAGCCACCGGCCUAAUGAGGAGCAAAGCAGCGGUCCGUUUUCACGGCUAUGUCGAGCCUCUUGCCGUAACUUUCUCCUUUCUCCUCUUCUCUCCUCUCCUCAGUGUGACGAUUGGAGCUUCCAUGACGACUUAUCUCUCGUAGUGUCCAAUUCAGUUUAUCAAUUGUAAUAGCUAGUUUGUAUUGAAUUUGGAUUAGCAAUAAAAUUCCCCUUUCGCGAUUCCAAUUUCCCUUUCAUUAUCGAAGUACAUAACAAUUGGUAUCGGAGACACGAACCUGUCUCGAUUGUGGGUAGUAAUUCGAAGAAGAUGUUUGCCGAAUCAUCGACUUUGGCUGAAUUGGUUGAACGAAACAAUGCCAAUAGAAGGGCCCUUGUGGAUGGAAUUUCAGGAAUAAUUGUGGAUUUAAAACCAUUUCAGAGUUGGGGUGAGGAUUGCAUAUGCAUUGUUGACUGCCAAUGCAACUCUUGCGUCUAUGGGUGUUUACGUAAUGUUGACUGCCAAUGCGGUUUUUGACUUAAUGUCUAUUUGGGGGAAAUGAAUGAAGGGGACAACCAAUCUAAGGUGGGUUCUUGCAACCAAGCUAUUGCUGAACUGCUGAAGGUGGAAAAUAACAGUGAGGUCAAUUUACAAUACAAUGUGGACAGGUGUUUGGCAAAUGUCCUCAAUGGGCAGAAGAUGAAAUUCUAGUUAAACUUCACUCCAUCCACAAUACAAACACCACGGGGAUUGAAAUCGUGGACUUACUUUUGGAUUCACGUCACUUAUGUUCUUGAUGUUGAGGAUACAAUAUCAAAAUUGAUGUGUCUCGACGAUCUGCCAUGCAAGGGACAUAAGCUUGACAUAGAGUUUGGUGACAAGCUAUUCAAUAUAAAGCUGGAAAGGCAUUGUUUGGCAGAAUGUUGUGGCCCUCUUACAACUACUGGUUUGCUUCCACAUGCUUUGGGUUUAUACAGUUGUAAUUGGGUUGACACGGGGCAAGCUUUUUGGGCUUUCCUUGAUAGGGUAAAGUCGGGUAUGUAUUCAUUCGGUUGUAGUUUGCUUACCACAUUUCUUGGCACUACAAAACAUUAUGCAAUUACUGUUGUGGAUGAAAUUACUGUUGUGCAUAUGUUAUCUUGUCAUAUUGAUUCCACGCCCAAUGAUCAAGGUAUUUUGAAUCAAUUUUCUUUUGAUCCCGGAGCAAACUUGUUUAUUGUAACCCCUGGCGGAUACCUCCAAAUUCUACAAUUACGACUUGGACCAUAUGUACACACUUUAUUACCUGGGAAGGACAUAUUUCAGCGUUGGGUUCUAGGAAUUAGUUGCGAGUUCAUGGCUACAAGAUUAAGUGCUGCUAGACUGUCUGUGUUGCCUCAAAGGAGUGGCUGUUUUCUGUGGCAUGUGGACUCCAUAUUUGGUGUUGUAAGCCAUCCAUUUUUUGUUGCGAUAAAGUUUCAGCUUCACAUUACCAUUCAGAGCACACUCCUUGAUAAGCCGAGAAAGUGCGGAAAAAUGAAUGAAAUGACCCGAGUCAAUUCAUGGCUUGAAUGUACCUUAGGCUUACUCAUUUGCAAUUGGUUUGAUAUUGGACAGGUUCUAUGGACUUUCCCUGAUAGGGUAGAGUUAGGUAUGUCUUCAUUCCUACAUGUGCUCAUUGCUUAUUCUGACGGGCUGAUUAAUAAACCUACUGCUGACUUCUUCUCUUAUGGUUUUGAGAAGGAAAAUAAUGGAACUAUUAUAGUUUUUGACCCUGGAGGUACUAUCUUGGAUGUGAUUGAUAUCAAUUAUAUGAAGCCUAUUAAGUUCAAGUUGUCAUUACUACGCACUAUUGCUCGGUUACGUCUACUAAGUUGUGAUACAGUGGAGGUUCUUCCCUUGUUGUUUUGGUCAUAUCAGUUGUUUGAUGGAUCUACUGCUACUGUAGUCUAUGUCCAAAAGGAAGAAAGGAAGUAUCAAUUUGCAGUCUUCAUUGAGAGGAAUGAACUUCUUGUGUUACUCUUGCCGCAUUUAAACACUUGUAGCGUGCUUCUUCUCUGGGCUUCUCCUUUGAGGAUAGUCCAACUAUAUGGAAGCAUGACUGGUACACUUGUGAAUGUGAAUGCUUUACAUCUUUUGUAUGAUGCAUUCAGAUAUGUAGUGAUUGUCUUCGCCAAUUUUGAGUGUUGUGGUAGAUAAAGAUCAAAUUAGAUGUGAAUGUCGACUUUUUCAUGGAUCCGGAGGUUCAUUUGCAGCUGUUUGCACACCAAAAAUAUCAAGUUAGAGUCAUUAUGAGGAAAUAACUAAUUACAACUUAAGAGGACUGUUAAGUGACAACAAAGCAAAUGGACAUAUUUUUGUGAUAAAUUGGUUGGCUCAGUGGAUAUUGCUUAUUCUACUAAAGCUUACUUCAGAAAAUUUCCGCGAAAGAGUGAUUAAGUAUGUGAUAGUCUUGUUGCUUAAUCUAAAUUGCAAUUCAGGAAGGUUUUGCUUGUGUAAACACAUUCAUGGGCUUUUAUAUUUUGGGAGCGGAAAAUUGCAAUCUCUUCCUGUCUCAAAACUUCAAUUCAAAAAAAAAGGGUAUACAGACAGUUUGAAGUUGCUUCAGUUGUUGAACACUGGCUAGCACUUUUUCUAAAGGAACGGACUUCACUUCUUUUAUCUGCAAUUGUCCACGAUAAUAUGCAGCUCGUGAUUGCUUCAAUUGAGCAACUCGUUUACCUGCAAGUUGGUUAUUGGCAUUGGUAUUUUUGUGGGUGCUCUAUACUCCCUACGACACAAUCCAGAUCCUCAACUGCUAGUCAAGUAUUCAACAAUGUCCUUGAGGACAAGGUCGAAUUUAAGCGGGAAGGAUUGUCAUGACCUGCAUUAGUUGUCACGUGAGAGAUAUACGUUAGUGUCACGUGAGAGGCACGGACAGUCCACUUCAAUAAAGUGAAGCAGGGAAGGACUCAUUUUGGUGAGAGUUGCCUGCUAUUAAGAUGCAGCAACGAUACUUACUCCAUCUUGCCAUGCUUGCACAUUUAUCUCACGCCAUUGACGGAAUUUCGUGGUGUUUAUGCAUAUGGAUUUUUCUUUAUGUCAUGCGUCCUGACUUCCAAUUAACAACCGCUGUUAUGCCUCACUUCAAGCUAGUUGGGGCGAUUCUAUGAAUCUUCAUUAUUUUUUCUUCAUUUAAGCUCAUCUCAUCAUGCUUUGUGAUGUUAAAAUUUUCGAUGUUAAGAUUACUAACAUGUUACACAUGCAUGAUAUAUAGAAUAUCACUGGCUUUAUGUAAUAAUCUACUUCUCUGUGUAGCCGGAAAAUGUGUUUUGACAUGGGAAGAGGAAAAGAAUGUUGAUCUUAGUUGUGUGUAUAUUCUUCUUGUAUUCAUUUAGUGGCAUGAUGCUGUUGGUUUUCUUUUUUUGGUUAUGACACUCCUGCAUAAUUGGAUAUAGAAUUUGGUUAUAAACGUCACUACUGCUAAGAGGAAAUCUAACGCAUGGUGCCUGAGAUUUUGUUUAUAUGGUUCUUAAUGGUUUAGCAAAGGUAGGAUUUAAUCUAAAAUUUAUGAAGUGUUGUAUCAAAGAAUUUCAGUGGCUCUUUCUUAUCAGCAGCUGUGAGUUUGUUCUUGUUUGUUAGUAAGUUAUUGGGAAAAUCCAAAUCUAAAGAUGAUCAUUUUAGGGAGCAUAUGCUUGGUUCGUCUUGAUUUUAGCUCUAUCAACUACUUGGUCUUCCAGCUCUGUAACAUAUCAGGUGUCUCCUUGCCAGAUCUCUCUUUCUAGCUUCCAAUCCAACAUACUUGGAAACGUUUGCAUAUACUUGAUAUGGAUGUAUUUGACAAAUUGAAACUAGUAAUAGUGGUGUUUCCCUCCUGGUUUACUUGAAUGUGAAGUAGGCACAGUAUUUUCAGUAUAUAUAAGAAACAGGAGGGAGUCCUUUGCCCCGAGUACAUGGAUGGGCUCAACACAGAUGUUCUGGCUUAGCCUCUGCCUCUUUUGUGAAGAUUGAAUUGAGUGGACUCUGAAAGAUCUAAUGGUCAGCCUGAAAAACAAAGUGACGAUACCCAUUAGUCACCCAACUCGUUUUGUCCCGUAUAAAAUAUGAGCGAGUUGGGUUAUGCUCCGAUUUGUUUUGCCCCCACCACAAAUAUGUAAAAAGAAGGAAGAGCCUUGCAUGUUCCUUGUUGAAUCUUUACAUGAAAACUUAUAUUUUUUUUUCAUCUCGAUAAAAUCAUCUUUUAUGAGCAA